GCAUUCUUCUACACCAUGACAAGAAUGGGAGGUCAGAGUACGAAGGAAUGGACGCCCAUCAUCAUAAACCUUCUCCCUGCACUGCACUCUGCCUAUCAGAAGUUCAGUAAGGAUAACCAGAAGAGUAACGAGGAGAAGAAGAAAAUGAGAGACGCUUUGAGGACCAUCGAAGACCACCAGAAAGACGUUUCAAGGAUGACACAGAAUGUGGCAGAAUUGAGACACGUUGUCGAAGGCUUGACCCUAAUGCUGAACCACCAGAAUGGGAGAGUGCCACCCAGUGUCCCUCCUUAUGUCCACAUGGCACCAGGUGGACAUAUGGCUUAUUCAACAGUGCCCGGCAACGUCAACCCAGGAAUGCAGUCCGGGACGCAAGCAAUGUCGGAUAUUAGGAUUACAAUUACUCAGGAAGAGUUGCAGGACCUCCUGGCAGUAAUCACCCGGACCUUGGCAUCUGAAAUUGUGGAGAGGAGAGAUCUGAACUCGUCACAUCCAGGGGAUGUGAAUGGAGCGACAGCAGUUGGUCCGACAAAAGAGGAGCCCGAACCGGGAGAGCCAAGCGCUCCACCUGCUCCCACAGAGCGGCAAGAACACUUCUCUGGGGAUCCUGUCAUGGAUAUAUUGUGUUGUGAUGUGUGUGGCCUUCAUUAUAACAAGGAUGACAGAAAACCAAUAAUUUUACCCGACUGUGGUCACACAUUCUGCAGGCGCUGUCUCACCACAGCAAGCAGGAACAGGAACCUACGAUGCCCAACUUGCCGAAGAGAAUAUAGAGUGCCUGCGGAAAACCUGCCGCCAAAUUACACAGUCCUCUCUCUUGUGGCUGAGAAAAUGCUAAGGCAAUGAUGAAGGGAAAGAAAGACAAAGCUUCAAAAUUGCACGCUUGGCAGAAUAAAGACCAGGAUGACAAAGAUCAACCAUUUCCAUGCAGGCAGAAUCCUAGGAGAGAUGAAGGCGGUCAAGAUGCCAUGAACGCCUACUAUUCCGCACGUCGUCUCAUGGAGGAAGAAGAGGAGGAACUCGACCCAGGGCUGCCAUACCACCAACAGCAUGAGAGUGUCCUGGAAGACCGUGGAAGCUAUCGCCAUGGUGCAACUCCAGAAGAGGCUGUCAGAUUGGAAGAUGAGGGUUGUAGCUCAGAUGAAGAUGCACAUUCAUGGGGCAAACCUUAUUCUCUCAGAGGAUCCAUGGAUCAUGUGGGAACAGAAUUUCACACACCUGCAGAAAGCACAAAUAAUGUGCAAAGGGAAUCUCGUUCCCAUAGAGAAAGCAUGACUGAUGAUGGAGGAGAAUCGCAUACACAUGGAGACAGCACAUAUAAUGUUCAAAGGAGUUUGUACACACCUGGGGAAAGCAUGUACGAUGAUCAAAGGGAACCUCAAAUGCCCAGCGACAGUAAUAAUCAAAGGGCACUCUAUACACCUGGAGAAAAUGCAUAUGAGCAAAGGGAAUGUCACACACCCAGGGACAGCAUGGAAAAUGUUCAAAGGGACUCCUUUACACCUGGAGAAAACAUGAGUAUUGCUGAAAGGGCAUCUCACUCACCAGAUGAAUACAUAAAUGAUGUUGAAAGAGAAUCUCUUCCAGAAGGAGAAAGCAUGUACCACGUUCCAGCAGGAUCUUGUGCACCUGGAGAAAACAGGAACAACAUAGGUAGGGAAGCUCACAGCCCUAAAGACAGCAUUGACAGUCCUAGGGGUGCUUCAUAUGCAAAACAGUCUUGCCAGAAACUGAAGGAAGGGUCACUGGAGAUGCCCCCAGUGGAGAAAGAUCUCGAGCACUACAUGAACGCACAUUUUUAUGGGAAGGAUGGACGAAAAAGCAAGUCUUCUAGCUUGGACAAGGAGACCAGAAGCAUGUUAGCUCGAGCUCUAGAAAGGGAACAGCAGGAAAGGGAAGGAAUUCACAAGAGGAAGACACGCAGACUGUUGAAGGAGCAGGAACAGCUUGACUUGGCAAUUGCUCUGUCACUAUCAAUGCAGGACACCGGUGAAAAUGACGAUUCUGACAAAGAAGAAAAGGAGAAUAAGAAUGAGGAAUAGAGUUUGCCCUGACUUCACCGGUGGGAUCAUUUGCUUGCUGGGAUGGGAUGUGCACAAACGAAAUAUAUACAUGUUUUGCCAACACGUUUUAAAUUGUGUGGUUUCUUCAUCCCUCCCCUUUACCCCCCCCUCCCUAUUCCCUUCUCUUUCUUUCUCCCUCUCUCCCUCCUUCCCUUCUCUUUCUCUCACCUCCCCUCCUCUCAUCCCUUGCUUCUGCCCUCCUCUCUCUUCCUCUCCUCCGUCCUUUGCUCCCUCUCUCUCUUCCUCUCACCAUCUCCCCUCCAUUUACCCAGCACACACAUAGGCAUUUACCAGUAACAUGUGCUUUCUCUUUUGUUAUUUUGUUUUACAGCAUGCCAAAAAUCAUUUGAAAGAUGGUUCUCAAAUGUCUUGCCAUAUUUGAAAUUUGGGCUUUGGUUUUAUAUUCGGUUUUAGCAGUAUAGUUUAAAGUUUGUAAGUAACUUAAGUAGACAUUAUUAUCAGACACAACACUUUGUCAUUAUUUAUAUAUAUAUAAUUAAUUUCCUCUUUUUUCUUUUUCUUUUCACAGUAAUAAAUAUAGACAUGUGA